UUGUCUUUUCCAUUUCAUCAUGCAGAAAAAUAGGGAGCUGAGAGUCUCCUCUGAGGCCAGAAGAAGAAAGGACUUAUCUAAAGAAAUUGAAAAUUGAACAAACUGGAAAAAUCCUCUAGCUUGUUUCUUUCCAGGAUUAAAUGCAUUUAUGGAAAAGAAAAAUUGGGUGGUAAGAUAAUGGUAGAAUAUUUUAACACUGCAAUGGAUUCCUCAGCAGAAAACAGUAUGUAUGUAAACAAAAUGUGGGUUCAGUGUGAGAAUGAAAGCUGUUUGAAAUGGAGAUUGUUGUCAAGUGAGGAUGCUACCAAAGUUGAUCACAAUAAACCAUGGUACUGCUUCAUGAACACUGAUUCAAGAUUCAAUAAGUGCUCUAUUUCUGAAGAAGACUUUCCAGAAGAGUCUGAGCUUCAUGAAAGUGGAUUUAAGAUUGUCUAUUCACAGCUCCCUCUUGGAAACCUGGUUUUGGUAAAAUUACACGAUUGGCCAAGUUGGCCAGGGAUACUUUGCCCAGAUCCUUUUAAAGGAAAAUACGUGAUUUAUGACCUGGAUGGAAAUGUUGAACAAUAUCACAUAGAAUUCCUGGGUGAUCCCCAUUCAAGAUCAUGGAUAAAUGCAACAUGUGUUGAACAUUAUAGUAUCACAUUAAAGCCAGAAAAAUGUAAGAAAAAAAGGAAAUUGUAUAAAAGUGCACUACAAGAAGCCCACGUCCUCUAUGGAUAUUCUCAUGAGCAAAGACUGGAAAUGUGCUGCCUAUCUGAACAGGAUAAAUCCAAAGCAGAUGGCAAAGUUGCUGUGGUAGCCAGGGAAAAGAUGCAAGUUUCCAAAAACACUACUGAAAAGAAGCAGCCCAAAUUUAGAAGAAGGAAAAGGAAAGCUAUUUUAAAAUGCUCUUUUGAAAAUGUUUGUUCAGAUGAUGCCUUAUCAAAGGAAAACAUGGUUGUCUCUGAGGCAGAAGUUUUACUAAAAGAGUUGGAGCAAAUGCUACAGCAGGCACUAGAGCCCACAGCAGCACCUGAUGAGUCUGAAGAGGAGCAUGGAAAGGAAGUAAAUGCAGGAAAAAAGUUAUCUAAAUGCAACCCUGAAGUUCCUGCAUGCAGCCCAUUUGAAAACCACUAUGAAGAGGACUAUCUUGUAAUUGAUGGGAUAAAAUUAAAAGCUGGAGAGUGUAUUGAAAAUAUAACUAACAAGUUUAAAGAAAUAGAUGCUCUAAUGUCUGAAUUUUAGGGUAUUAUAGAUAUUUUCAAGAGGUAAUUCUAAAAACACUUACAUGUUUAUAUUUUCCCAAAGUCAAAAACUUGAAAAUAUGUAGGGAAAUAGGUAUAUAUAAUACCAAAGCCAAUAUUUGUAAUAACUUUCUAUUUUAUAUUUUGAGACUAGCCACUGCUUUGAAAGCCAAUCAAAUGGUAUUUCAGUUAGUGUUAAAAAUUUUGGAUUUAAGAAAUCCUGAUAUUUGUAUUUGUAGAUUUUUUCUUGUUUGCCUUAAUUUUAAAAUAAUUUAUAGACUUACUGCACAAACACAUGGUUUAUAAUGGAUUAUGUAGGCCCUUUAUAUGAAUGUGGCUAUUUAGAUGGCUGUCAAGGCUAUUAUAAUUCGUACAGGUAAUUCAUGUGUAGUAGAGACUUGAGAAUGUAUAUUGGU